AUGAUAGUGGCUACAAUUAAAUCAGGAAUUAAGGACACCUGUGAGGAACUACACAUUCUAAACCAGAACACUUCAGAGGAAUCUGCAAGUAAAAGGGAUAAAUUGUUAUACCCAACUUUUAAAGACAAAGAACCAAACUGUGAACAGGAAGAGACUUUAGUAAGACAGACCCGAGUGCUGUACAAAAAGACUUUUAUAGCAAGAAAGGAAGAGAAGCUGUCUAGAGAACGUGGACCUUUAAAAUUGAAGGCACUGUCAGCUAUAGAAACAGUUAAACAGGGGAAGAAAAACACAAUUUCUAAUUCUUCCACAAUGACGGCAGAAGAGACAGUGAAUGUAAAAGAAGCUGAAAUAGUCAAACUAAUACUGGAUUUUAUGAAUUCAAGAAAACUUCAUAUCAGUAUGCUGGCUCUGGAGAAAGAAAGUGGAGUAAUUAAUGGAUUGUUCUCAGAUGAUAUGCUUUUCUUAAGGCAGUUGAUCCUUGAUGGUCAGUGGGAUGAGGUUCUUCAGUUCAUCCAGCCUCUUGAGUGUAUGGACAAAUUUGACAAGAAAAGGUUUCGCUAUAUCAUCCUGAAGCAGAAGUUUUUAGAAGCCUUAUGUGUAAAUAAUGCAAUGUCUGCAGAAGAUGAGCCUCAGCAUCUGGAAUUUACAAUGCAAGAGGCGGUGCAGUGCCUACAUGCUUUAGAAGAAUAUUGUCCUUCUAAAGAAGACUACAGCAAAUUGUGUUUACUUCUCACAUUGCCUCGUCUGACCAACCACGCAGAAUUCAAAGACUGGAACCCCAGGCUACUGUAUGAAUGUUGUGUGGAGUUCUGUCAGAGUAAAGCAACAGGAGAGGAAAUUACAGAGAGUGAGGUGUUGCUCGGCAUUGACCUUUUGUGUGGUAAUGGAUGUGAUGAUUUGGACCUUAGCUUGUUGUCAUGGCUUCAGAAUCUGCCCUCCACUGUGUUUUCUUGUGCUUUUGAACAAAAGAUGCUAAACAUUCAUGUUGAUAAGCUCCUAAAACCUACAAAAGCUGCCUAUGCUGACCUUUUGACACCCCUUAUCAGCAAACUUUCUCCUUACCCAUCAUCCCCCAUGAGAAGGCCUCAAUCUGCUGAUGCUUAUAUGACCCGUUCCUUAAAUCCUGCUUUAGAUGGACUCUCAUGUGGAUUAACAAAUGAUAAACGCAUCACAGACCUUGGAACAAAAACAUCUCCUAUGUCCCACUCUUUUGCUAACUUCCAUUACCCAGGAGUACAGAAUCUUACUCGGAGUCUAAUGCUGGAGAACACAGACUGCCACAGCAUUUAUGAAGAGUCACCUGAACGAAGUGACACUCCUGUGGAUUCCCAGCCCUCCUCUGGCAAUGAGACCAUGUGCCAGAACUCAGUCCCAGACAAAGAGCCAGUAAAUGGAGCACAGAAUCAAGGACCGGUCAAGCAAGAAAAAAAUGAGCUUCGUGAUUCAGCUGAGCAAUUUCAGGAAUAUUACAGACAGCGGUUGCGAUACCAGCAGCAUUUAGAGCAGAAGGAGCAACAACGGCAACUUUAUCAGCAAAUGUUGUUAGAAGGAGGGGUAAACCAGGAAGAUGGUCCAGACCAGCAACAGAAUCUUACAGAGCAGUUUCUUAACAGGUCUAUUCAGAAGCUGGGGGAAUUAAACAUGGGUAUGGACAGUCUGGGAAAUGAUGUGCAGACUCUAAACCAGCAUUGCAAUGGGAGCCAAGGAAGUGUAUCUAGCACUCCAGAUUCUAGUCAGAGAAUAACCAAUGAUAAUGCAAAUAUUAAUACAAGUACACCUCGUAAACUUGGCUCUACGACUCAGAUAUCCUCACUUGAAGAAUCACCUGUCCAUGGAAAUCAAACAGUACCAGAGCAUGCUGCCAUUCAGGCACAACACGAAGACUCUCCGGGAAAUCUAGCAAGAACAAGAGGUGAUGAGGAUGACAAAUCAGCAAAACAGUUCAUUUGUAUCAAUACCCUAGAAGAUACACAGGCGGUCAGAGCUGUGGCUUUUCAUCCAAGUGGCAGUAUGUAUGCUGUCGGCUCCAAUUCAAAAACCUUGAGAGUGUGUGCCUAUCCAGACCUUCAGGAUUCAAGCUCCUCCUCUGCUGUUCCUCGAAAACUGGUAUUUGACUUAGGCAGAUCUUCGCUCUCUUCCUCUGUAAAGAUGACAACAAACGGUGGUAACACUCCUAAACAGCCAGUGGUUCGUUUCAAAAGGAACAAACAUCACAAAGGAUCAAUCUAUUGCGUGGCAUGGAGUCCCUGUGGACAAUUGUUGGCUACUGGUUCCAAUGACAAAUACGUAAAAGUGCUUCCUUUCAAUGCAGAGACUUGUAAUGCAACAGGACCAGAUUUGGAAUUCAGCAUGCAUGAUGGAACUAUUAGAGAUCUAGCUUUUAUGGAAGGUCCAGAAAGUGGCGGGGCCAUUUUAAUAAGUGCUGGAGCUGGGGACUGCAAUAUUUAUACAACAGACUGCCAGCGAGGGCAAGGUCUUCAUGCAUUGAGUGGCCAUACUGGUCACAUUUUAGCACUUUAUACCUGGAGUGGGUGGAUGAUAGCUUCUGGAUCCCAAGACAAGACUGUAAGAUUCUGGGAUCUUAGAGUACCGAGUUGUGUUCGGGUUGUUGGAACAACAUUUCAUGGAACUGGCAGUGCUGUGGCAUCAGUAGCUGUAGAUCCUAGUGGUCGUCUUCUUGCUACUGGCCAGGAAGACUCCAGUUGUAUGCUCUAUGACAUUCGUGGUGGGCGAAUGGUGCAGAGUUAUCAUCCUCAUUCCAGUGAUGUCCGUUCUGUUCGUUUCUCUCCCGGGGCUCAUUACUUGCUCACAGGAUCUUACGAUAUGAAAAUAAAGGUGACAGACCUGCAAGGUGACCUUACUAAACAGCUUCCAAUAAUGGUUGUAGGGGAACAUAAGGACAAAGUGAUUCAAUGCAGGUGGCAUACACAAGAUCUUUCCUUCUUGUCAUCUUCUGCAGACAGAACUGUAAGACUCUGGACCUAUAAUGGCUAAAGUGUAGUUUUUAAAAGCAACCUAUGCAGAUUAAGCACAGACAUACAAGACUAUUGGAACAUUUGGUUAGGCAUUUUAAAAAACAGCAGCAUUUGACCAGGAAACUGUCUCAUGGAGAAGAGAUACUUGCCACCAUUACCUGAUUGCUAGGAAGCGUUGGUGUGUUAUAGUAUUACUUUGCAGUGCUUUCCCGGUGAUCUCAUGCUGCUAUGACCUGUUGUAGUCUUGUUGCCGAAGUCUGUUGAAAGGGUUCUUGCAUUGUCAGUGUGCACUCAAAAAUAAGACUAAUUAUGUGUUUACAGUUUAGUGUGAACUGCAUUCUCUAGUCUUUGCCUCAAUAACAGGUUUUUUCCCUAGAAAAAAGUAAAACAACCACAAUUCAGUCAAGUUCAUUAGGUCCACACAGAAUAGAAAAUUACAAACUAGUAAUGUUGUGUUUCACACUGAUGCAUACAUCACACCCUUACUAGUGGUCAGUUUUCUUUUGCUAUGAAUACAUCCAUGUUUGAUUUUUUUUUUGUACCCCUGAUUAUGAACUUUAAAAGUGACUAGUAGUGGCUGAUCCUUGAUCACAGUUCAUUAAGUCUGUGGUGCUUUUCAAUUUGGAAACUUCAAAUUGGGCUGGUUUUUAUUAUUAGAUUAUAUCCAACACACAAGCUUUUGGUGGGCAAAAUGGUUUGCUGAAGAGACAUUAACACUUUUGAAUGCAACAAAAUACCUCUGUGUAUAAUGUACUGUAGAAAUGAAAUGAAGUAGUUGCAGGUGGAUGGAGCCACAGUUUUUAAUAGUAAUGGCCAUGAUCUCACAAACCUUCAUGCACACAUGUGGGAAGACAGCGUGUGCCGUGGAGAGUUUCUCUGAAGUUUCCACCAGAAUAGAUAGCAUCAUUGAAGAUUUUAACUCAUUUUUAUGUGAAAAGCAGCUUAGCUGUUCAGCAGUGCAACUGACUUCAGUGGAACUCCAAGGAAACUUCCUUUUGCACUCACUGCUAUCUUGUAUGUGGGCAUUUUGAGCACCAUAAGGAUAUUAAAGGCAGCAGCACGGCUUGAAAUGCUACGUCUGCAUGAUGAU